CCUUGGGAGCACACCUGGCAGCUGUAAUACCCCAAGUGGGAGACCCCCACGGCGGGCAGCAGCAGCUGCGGGGGACCCCUGCGGACCCCCCACCACCUGCCCAUCCCAGUAGAACACGUGCAGGAGGGGGGCUCGGGGCCGCAGGGGGCUGGGGAUGCUGAGGCAGCUGAGAGUCAGGGGGGACCCCUCGGUGGGCUUGAGGGGACCCUCCAGCACCGGCACUGAGAAGAGCUCUGGGAAGGAGAGGGGAGUUGAAGACUGUGACUCUGAGUCUGCUGGGAAGUGGCUUUUUGGGUGUCAGGAGAUCGGAGUUCAAGCCAUGGGGGUGCUCACUGUGCACUGUCACUGUCACUGCUGCUGACCUUGACAGAAAUGACCCCACCCAGCCCACGCAGUGGUAGCCACCACUGUGCUCAUCUGCAGAGGGGACAGGUACAGCUCGGUUGCAUUGAAGGGCCCCAUCAGUUUAUUCUCGUCCCAGUAAAAUCGCACCUUCAUGAACUUGCAGUUCUGCCAGUUCAGCUGCGCAGUGUCACCGUGUUCCCCUCCAGCACCGCCCCUGCUGGCACCUGCAGCACCAGCUGGUCUGUGGGACAGGAGGGUCCCAUCUCACCCAGGGGGUCGAGACAGGUGUGAGAGCUGCCAGCCAGGGGAGCGGUGGCCACAGCAGCGAGUGACAGCCAGUCCACAUGGCUGGGGACACCGGGAUGGCCGGGAAGGUGGCGCUGCUCCUGUGGGCCCAGACCCUCGGCCUCGCUGGUGCCCAGACCACCCAGCUCCUUGUGGAUCCUCCCUGGAGGCCAGCAGUGCUGUGGGACCGGGUGACACUGACCUGCCAGGGCUUGGGGACCACCGGUGCCACCACCUGGUACAGGGACGGGCAGCGCUGGGGGCAGGAGGUACGCGACUGACUCACUGUCGCAGAGAGUGGCACCUACCAGUGCAACAGACUCGGCACCAGGCUCAGUCCCCCCAUGAGAGUCUCAGACGGAAUAUUGGUGCUCUCUCAGAUGCGUGCUGCAAGGGACAAAAUGAGCAAUUGCUGCAUUUCCUGACUGGUUCCCUCUCAGCUGCCCCUGCAGGGAGUGUUCCCAGCCAGCCCUGCUCUGAAAACCAUCCAAGGCCCUCGCAGAGCCACUGCUUGGGCUCCCUCUGGGGUUUUGUGCUUCUUGCAGGGCUGAGCAAACCACAGGCAGACCUCUUUCCCCCACAGAAUUCUCACCUCUGCAGCAGCUCCACAGACCAAGAGUCCCUCAGAAUCUGUCUUGUGUGACCCCCAGGUUGCCGGCACCUUGUGGGGGCUGUGCUUGGCAAUGGGUCACCCCAAAAUAUGAGGCACCCAGGGAAGGAUCUGAGACCCACAGGCUCACCGUGCCACUGCCCAUCCCUGGGACCUCCAUUCCCCUGGAAAUAAAAUCAUGGAAACCCCAUUCCUUAUGUCCUGCCUUGCCUGAGACCUCCAUACCAGUACUGACAUUCCCCAGGAUCUCCAUGGCCCAGGACCCCAUUCCCAAGGAACACUCUGCCGUUCUUUCUAUCCCCUGAAAUCUCCCUUCCACCAGGACCUUGACUGUCCCAGGACCCCAUUCCCAAGGAACUCUCUCCCGUUCCUUCCAUCCCCUGAAAUCUUUCUUUCCCCCAGGACCUUGAUUGUCCCAGGACCCCCAUUCCCAUGCGAUCCCACAUUCCCCCAGCAUCCCCAUCCCAUGACCCCAAAUCCCUGGGACCUACGUUCCACUGGGACUCUCAUCCCUGAGUCCCCCCAGCCCUGGGGACCCCCAUUCCCAGUUGCUCUUGCACCUCAGGACUCCCAUUCUCAUGGACCCCAUCCCUGUGACCCCCCCCAUUCCCCUGGACACCCAUCCCUGGCUCCCCAAACCCCAAGCCCCCAACUCCUGGGAACACCAUGUCCCACCCAGCCUUGUCCCCAUCCUGUCCCCACCCUGCCCACUGCCUAUUCCCAGCUUGUGGCCACCCUGCCCCCACCAGGUGCCACCUACGCAUGAGGAUGAGACCUGACCUCGCUUCCUUCCCCUUUGGCCAAAGAGCCGCCACCGAGGGGAGAGCCACCCCCAGCAGCGAGUAACAGCCAGUCCACAUGGCUGGGGACACGGAUAUGGCUGAGAAGGUGGCGCUGCUCCUGUGGGGUGCCCGGACCACCCAGCUCCUUGUGGAGCCCCCCUGGAGGCCGGCGGUGCUGUGGGACUGGGUGACACUGACCUGCCAGGUCUCAGAGACUGCCGGUGCCACCACCUGGUACAGGAACGGGCAGCGAUGGGGGCCAGAGGGAUGCGAUCACUUCACUGUCACUGAGAGGAACACCUACGCAUGUGACAGACCCAGCAGUGGGCGCAGCCCUCCCGUGACAGUCUCAGAUGUUCCCGUGGCUGAUGCCAUCAUCACCCUGGAGGUGACACUACAGGACACAGGGACACACAGGAAUACAUGUGGGGUCACACAGAGCCACCAGGGGUGUUCAGGACCACCAGGGUUCAGGGUGACCCCGGUGUGUCCCCCUGUUUCCCCAGAAGUGGCUGUGAAUGUCAGCAGGGCCCUCCUCUUCCUGCUCCUGCUCCUAGCUGUCAUCGGGGGCUGUCAUUGGUGGCACCACUGGAGCGGCCUUCAGGAAGCCCCAGGACAGGGCCCCCACAGGUGUCCCCUGGCCCUGCCCCACCUCAGGAUCCACAAGUGACCAACGCGGAGCUGUCGGGACCCUACAAGGGAAAGCGGGACCCCCGUGACUACGAGAAUGUGCUGUGACACUGGGGAGCACUGGGGACACUGGGGGGCAUCGAUUCCCCUCCAAGGUCCCUUCUUCUUCUUCACAGCUGCCCACAGGGCUCCUCAUUACCCCUCCCAGUGCCAGGGGGGGCACACCACCCUUUUCCCUCUUAUUGUACCCAAAAUGAUGCUUUUUGAUUAAAGUGUGUGAGAAACAAG